AUGGAUUUUGAUCAGAAGGUGCUACUACGUCAGGUCCUCCUAGAGAGUAGCUCUGUUCUUUCGGAGAGACAUUUGAACGUGUCUGCGAAAUGGUCCAGUGAAGCCCUAAAUGGGAUGACUCCAUUUACUGCAGAGCAACAAUAUGCUGAGUUUCAGCUACUGAGAAGGGCCAUGAAUCAGAGAUACACUGGAAAUAGCCAAUUGACAUCUCCCCUUGUAUCUUCUGGUGCAUUUGAACCGGGCAACCCCACCGCUACUGGAACGGGUCUAGGGAUAUUACCUGGAUCAGGUUGCGUAUCUAGCACGAUUCCGAAUAUUGAUAGUGGUAUCAGUAUAGCAACUGAUGGGGUGCAGAAAAGUACAACUGUAGAAAACUUAUCUGGAAACAUGGACUCCGAAAACACAUCUGGAAUAAACUUGGUAUCAGACGUAGACAAUGAAGAGUAUACUCAAUUCACCGAGAGAGGUAGGAUAACUCUGGCCAAUUCUUAUUUCAAUUGCAAGGAGUUUAACCGGUGCCACCAUGUUUUGAAGGAAUGUAAAAGUGCCAAGGCUGUGUUUAUCAGGUUAUAUGCCCUAUAUAUGAGCGGUGAGAAGAAGAGAAAUCUAGACAAUGGUACGCUACUGGGGCAAAAUGAUAGUAAUACGUCAAACCCAUAUAUUUCUACAAUAGUAAAAGAACUUGAAGAAUAUAAAACCGUUAGAAAACUCAAACAUUUGAAUGAUCCAUUCCUAUUAUACCUACAGGGAAUCAUCCACCUUAGAUCCAAAAAGUAUGCUCAUGCCCAAGAGAUGUUCUACCAAUCGGUAUCGUUGUACCCUGUCAACUGGAGUUGUUGGAAAGAGUUGGUUUCGAGUCUAUCUACUUUUAGUGAAGCACUUAGAAUAAUCGAUCGUAUUCAGAGGAAUAAUAAAUUCUACGACAAAAGAGAAUAUCGGAUAAUGUUUUUAUUUUUCAAAAUUAAUGUCUAUCAAGAAUUUUUCCAGAUUUCAAAUGAAGUUGUUGCUAAUCUGAACGAGCUCUCAGAGAUCUUCCCGAACUUCAGCUUCUUAAAGACACAAAAAGCUCUUAUUUCUUAUAACGAGCUUGAUUAUAACUCAGCGGAGAACAUUUUUGAUGAUAUCUUGAAGACAGACCCAAUGAGACUAGAUGAGAUGGACAUAUAUUCUAACAUUCUUUACGUUAUGGAGAAUAAGUCCAAAUUAUCCUUUCUAGCCCAUUAUGCUUCCGAGGUUGACCCAUUAAGACCCGAAACCUGCUGUAUAAUUGCAAACUAUUAUUCCAUAAAAUUUGAUCAUCAGAAAGCAAUCAUGUAUUAUAAAAGGGCAUUGUCUCUAAGUCAAGACUGUUUAAGUGCAUGGACUUUGAUGGGUCACGAGUUUGUUGAGUUAAAAAAUUCAAAUGCUGCAAUCGAGAGUUAUAGAAGAGCUGUGGAUACAAAUAACAAGGAUUUCCGAGCUUGGUAUGGAUUGGGUCAAGCUUAUGAGGUUUUAGACAUGCAUUUGUAUUCUCUGUAUUAUUACCAACGUGCAUGUUCAUUGAAACCUUUGGAUAAAAGAAUGUGGCAAGCUAUUGGAAAUUGUUGUGAGAAACUAGAGGAAUAUGAAGAUGCAAUAAAGGCAUACAAGAAGGCCUCAUCUGUUUCUGUUGAUUCUGAUCCUACAAUUCUCUAUAAACUGGGGGUGUUAUUCAAAGAACUGAAUGAUGUCAAGAAUGCCAAACUGUACAUGAAACUAUGUUUGGAAGAAGAAUCCCAUGGCGAUGUAACUGACGAGACCACAAAGGCCAGGUUAUGGCUAGCGCAGUAUGAAAUGAAUAACAAAAAUUGGCAAACAGCUUAUAAUUAUGCCAUAGAGGUAACGCAGGGGACGUCACAGGAAAUCGAAGAAGCAAGGAAUAUUGCUAGAGAGGCCCGGAUGAAACUAAAUAUAGCGAAAACUAGCAAGCAAUUCCUAUAA